UAAUGCGAUAUUGUAAUUUGUUGUUAGUAUAAUAUUGAAUAUUUUAUAUUUUUAUUAUACCUUUUACCUGUAAGAAUUAAGUAUAUAAUAUUAAAUAUCUUAUUAUAUUAUUAUGUAAGUGUUACAAUAAUGAGAUAAUUAUUAACUACAAAUAUACUCUAUUUUAUCGAUUACCGUGUGGCGUGUGCGUUUUUGACUUUUGAUAUUUUGCACACGUUUUGUGUCGUUUUUUGAUUCGUUCGUUUCAAAUUGUUCAUGUCGAAACUGACGCGUGACUACGUUUCUGCAUUCGUCAUGACUAGUGUUUUGAUGGUUUUUACCUAUGUGAAUUAUUAAAAAUAUAAUUAUUGUAUUUCGUAUUGUUCCUAUUGUGUAUUUCCAUUACCAGAGAACACCGCUGAGAAUGGAUUACUGAAUAAUAAAAUUUAUAACGAAUUGCGCGUCUUCUUGCAAGUUAAAUCGUUAUUCAGUGGAGGCCAUUAUGACACAUUCGAUCAGUUGAAAUCAAUUAGAACGACAACGAAAAAUCCAUAUCAACAGCCAUCGUUAUAGAGAAACAUGGAUAAUUCUGAAGCAACUGAGAAUUCUAUGUGUGAAACAUCCCAACAACAGUUAUUACCAGUUGAAAAUAACUGUCAGCCAGUUGGAGAUGCAUUAUUGAACAAUGAUUGUAUAGAACCUUUAAAAAUUGUAGAUCAAAUUAAUAAUUCUGAAAACCAAAUGCUUGUAGAAUCAACUGAUGUCAGUUCUCCAAGUUCAAAUGUUACUACUGAACUUAGUUCGGUUGUUCCAGCCGAUAAUUCUAUGCCACCUCUUCCACCACUUCCCAAAAACGAUAAUGGACAAUUGCCACAACCACCAGCAGCACCAGCUGAUUACAACAUGCAAAACUAUGCAAACUAUAAUAGUUAUAUGUAUAAUUAUAAUAAUUAUUAUGGCUAUCCUUAUCCUCAAUAUCAAUGGGAUUACAAUAGUCAACAAUACUAUCAACCAUAUCAAAAUUAUUAUAAUUAUAAUUUUAAUCAAGCAAAUCAAACUCAAACAUCAUCAAAACCUCCUCCACCUCCACCUGAUGCUGUGCAAUUGCCAGUUGAAGAGAAACCAGUUAAUAAAACCAAUAAUACAGUUGAUGACUCUAAUAGAUAUUCUCCUACAGCAGAGACUGAUGAUGAUGUAGUAUCAGAAAACUUAAAAUCUGAUAUCCUUAUUGAACAACCCGCUCAAACCAUCAAAGCGGCUCUCAUUCAAACUGUACCAUCUGAACAAACAGAGGUGCAACAAAACAUACCCGAGAACAUUGACAAUAUAAUUCGACAGACCGUUGACCCUUCAACUUUAUCUUCAAUUACACCAGUGCAACAGCGUGUUCCUAUGCUAGCCCAGGUACUACCAUACAAUAUUCAGGUUCAACAACCUAGCUAUCCAAUUAAUCCACAAAGUCAAGUGCAGCAAUCCACUGAAACUGUUAAUGAGGUGAACAAUCAACAGCAAAACUCGCCUGCAUUGAAUGGAAAAGAUGACCCUAUUGAGAAAGUGUCUAAAGCAUCAACAGUGUUGGGUAAAUCCCAAGCUAAAAAACGACUGAUGGCUUUUUCAAUGAUGAAACAAAAGUUGCAAGAACAAAAUAAUUCAAUUACUGAUAAUCAGAGUUCAGACAUUGGUGAAGGAAAUGAUGUAGAAUUUGUGCCUGAACUUAAUGUAUUCCAAACAGUUACAAAAAAAAAAGUUGUUACUAAUAAAAAAGUUGCUAAAGUUAUCAAGGCUCAACAAACAAUUGAACAAAUUGAAGAAAUGAAGAAAGAUGAACUGUUACAAGGAAAUAAUGCAGCAUUAUAUCAACAUCUCCUUAGAAGUGGUGGCAACGAAGCUCCUAUCCUUCAGAAACUUGGUAUAGAAUCAUUAGCAGAAAAAUAUUCAGCUAAGAUAAGAGAACAGGAUAAACGUUCAAGUAGACACCAUCACAGGCGUCGAGAUGAAUCCAGAAGAGGCCACAAAUAUCGUCGUCGUUCUCAUUCGAAAUCCAGGACUAGGUCAAGAUCAACAGAGAAGCCAAAGAUGCGAGCACUAGAAGUUAAGAGUUGGAAAGAUUUUGUUAAAGGUGGAUUUCACUUUGACAGAUUUAGAAGAUUCAAAAUGGAUGAAACUGAAGAAAUAAAAGAAAAAGAGCGCAAGUCCAGAAAAAAGAAAAGGCACGGAGACUCAAGAUCUGAUAGCAAAAACCAUAAAAAUGAAUCUAACAUACUAUCCGAGACAGAAAAAGGAACUGGAGAUCAGAAAUUACGCCACAACAUAUUAGAUCGCAAAAAAGAAAUUCUCAAGGGUCUUGAAGUCAACACACAUGAAGGAGAUUUUACAAAAGAUUUUCCCAGUUAUAUUAUUCGAUGCACUAAAAAUAAACCAGUAAUUAAGUUUAGUGAAAAUCCAGCAAAUGCCACAUACCAUCUCCAGAAUAGACAGCAAAUGUUUGCCACACUUCUACCAGAAAUUGAAGCAAUUGUUCUCAAAUUCUUAUCUUCAAUGAAACCAAAAAAGCUCAAAGAAAAUUAUACUGACAAUAACUUUAGUAACGUUGACGAAAAACUAUUAGUUAUGAUGAAGGAUAAAAAUAUUUAUCCAUUCAAAGGUUGGUGGCCCAAAACAAAUUUUAUUGUUACACAAGUCAAAGAAGAUCCAAAUGUUGAAAUAGAUGAAAAUGUAUUGAUGAAUGAAAUCACUACUAGUAAACGAACUAAAAAAUCUAGAUUUAAUGAUGAUACAUCUCUUGUUGAUUUAAGACCUACUGUUCCAUCCAAAUGGGACAGUGAUUAUGAUGGUAGUCCAGCUGCUGAGAAUAAAGUUUCAUAUGUUGGAGUUACUCAAAAUGUAGAAAUGAAUACUAAUGAUAAUGUCUGCAUAAUCAAAAAAGAAGAAAACAGUCCUUUGGAUAUAAGUCAUCAGGAAGAAGCAAUGGACACUGCAUCAGAUGUUGGUGAAGACGAAUCAAAGAUUGAAGUUAAUAUUUGUCCAGUUCUACCGAUUCAGAUUCAAGAACCACAAGGACACGCUAAAUUGAAUACAGAAUAUGAAGAGUUUUUGAAAAUUGUAAAAGCUGAAAAGGAAGAAAGUGCCAAUUCCAUUAUUACUACAACUAAUAAUGUAACUAUUCAAAAAGAUAAUGAAAACAAUCUAUCUACAAAGUCUGUAUCAAUGAAUGAUGAUUCUAUGCAAGACGAGUCUGAAGAGUAUAUGUCCACAAAAUCUUCAGAUGAAUCUAUUUCAUUACACAAUGCUGCCGAGGAGUCUGAUUCAAAUGAUGGAUCAUUUGUUGAAGAGUUAUCUUCUGCUAUUGAUUUAAAGAUUAGAAAAAAGAAAAAAUCAUCUAGUAAAAAGUCUAAGACGUUUAAGAGUAAAGAAAGUAAGAAGAAAAGGCAUAAAUCAAGUUCCAGUGAAAGUUCACAAGACUCAGAAUCAGAAAGUGAUAGUAGUUCAGAUGAUAGCGAUUCUGAAUCAACUGAUUCUAGCUCUACAUUUGAAAAAAAGAAGAAAAACAAAUCGAAAAAUAAGAAAAAAAAGAAAACCAAAACAAAUUACAAAAAGAAACAUAGAAGUGACAAGAAUAAGACCAAAAGUCCCGAAGACGAAAAAGAAGAUGCUAAUAGUAGUAUUCUUAACUUAAUCGAAAAAGCAUUAAAUGUUGAAAUUAAAAAGAGGCCUUCAGAUAGUAAAGAACUUAAACAAAAGAAGAAAAAAAAGAAACACGAAAAAAAAGAAAAUAAAUCAAGUGAAGAAGAGAAUGAUGAUAAAUUUGAAAAAGUUAAGGAUUGUUUAAAAGAAACAAUUACAAAAUUGGUUAAAACUGAUAAAGUGAAUAAAAGUCAGUCUCUUUCAUGUGAUGACACUGUCAUUGAAGUAUUAAAAUAUUUAAAUGAUAAAGAAAAAAAGAACAAAAAAUCAAAGAAAAGUUCAAAAAGAAAGCACGAUUCAGAUAUAUCUGAUGAUGAGAAAACACUUAAAAAAUCUAGGUUAGCUGAUAGUUGUUCAAAACCUAAAGUUAACGAUAAGAAAAAGAAGAGUAAAAAGAAGAAAUCUAUAGAAAGAAAAUCUGUCGAUUCAGAUGAACACCUGACAAAAAAGAAGUCUAAGAAAAAACCCAAGACCACUGAUACUUCAGAGACUGAAGAUCUAGAGGAAUUAAACGAAAAUAAAAGUAAAAAUGAUUCAGUUCAGUUUUUUGAAUUGCGACCCAAUGAGUGGAACAUUAAUAAAAAAAGUUCCAUGAGGGGAGUCAUCCAUCACUCGGAAAUAAAUAAUAAAAAUAAAGUACCGCUUGUACAUGAUACAAGUAGAUACGAUAAAAAUAAUAAAAAAAACAAAUCUGAUUCCAUUAAUUUGAUAGAUAAUUGUCAUUCUACAAACAGAAGUACAAAUAAAAGUGAAAUACCUAAGUCGCCUAAUGUAUUUAAAGACCAUGUUGAGGAAAAAGAAAAAAGAAAAACACAAUUGCAAAAGACUAAUGAAGAUGUCAAAAGUGAUAAAAUCGACAAUGUUUCAAAAAAUAUAGCAGUAGAAAAUGUUUUAAUUAAUUUUAAAAAUUCAGACUUUAAAUCUAAUGAAGAAAAUGAUGAAAUGUCGAAGACAUUUGUUGAUAAAUGUCAUAAUGAUUUAUUUAAACUUAAAAAUGAGUUACAAAAAACUGUGUUUGAGAAAAAUGAUAAUAGUGAACAACAUGAUAAAGAUAAAAAUAAAGAUCUUAAGAGUAUUUUUAAACCACAGACCCAAAACACACCACUUGAUCUAUAUAAUAAAUCUCCUAUUACUUGUAUUGUCAACAAACCUGUUACAGAACCCAUAUCAUAUAGGGACAAAGUAAAAAUGAAUUUAAAGAAACUUUCCACUUGCCAAAAUAUGCCGUUUGUUUUUGGAUUUUCUUCACCAAUCAACCUAAUUAAAUCAAACAAUUUUAAAUUGGAUAAAACUAAAGAUUUUAAAGUAUUUAAUGAAGAAGAUAAAUCUAAAGAUGAUGAUCCAAAAAUAGACAAUCCAACAGUUAAUGAAACCAAACUUUUAAAUUCCGAUGAACCAAAAGUAAUUCUUCAAACACAAAUGAAAGAACCACAUGUAACUAUUACUGAAAAAGAAUCACCUAAAUUCAAUGUUGAAUCUGAUAAAAAAGCUGUAGAUCAUAGUUAUGAUUGGGAUGACUCUGAAGAAUCCGAUACUGACCAAUCACUUACUACAAGCACGGAUACGUCAGAGCAUUCAAGUGAUGAUAGAGAAAGUGAACAAAUUAAUUCAAAUUCAUUGGUAAACGAUUCGCCAACUAUAAGUAAUAAAAAUAAGACAUUCUCAAAUGAUAGCAAAUUUAAAGAAUUUGAGGAACUUGUAUCUAAUGUGUUUGAAAAAAAUAAUUUAGAUUCAAGAAGGGAAGAACAAGGAUUUCCUUUAGAAGUUGACAAUGUCCUUAUAGAGAAAGAAAUAACCUCUUUGUCAAAUUUGGCUGAUUUCUCUGAACAACAUUUAGAUAGUGAUACUGAAGGUUUGCGAAGUGAUGUAUUAGUUAAAAUGGAAAAAAAAGAUUCGGUUAGCGAUGAUCUACUAGAAGUUUCUAAAUCUAACAAUGAACUAAUUACUCAAUGGACGUCAGAUUGGAUAAAUUUGGAUAAGUCGGUUACUGAAGUUAAUCAUUCAAGCAAUUCCAAAUCUGGGGAUGAAGAAUUACAAUUAAAAAAGAAAUCUCGUUGGGACAAACAACCCAUGGAUAAUAAUAUUAGCAGAUCACAAAAUCUUAAUAAUGGACUGAAAGAGUUUAAUGAUGAAACUGAAGCAAAAAUCUUGACUGAUGAACUAAAAUGUAUUAGUUCUUCAUCCAACAAUGAAGAAAUAAAAUGUAUAAGUUCUUCAUCCAACAAUGAAGAAAUAAAAUGUAUUAGUUCUUCAUCCAACAAUGAAGAAAUAAAAUGUAUAAGUUCUUCAUCCAACAAUGAAGAAAUAAAAUGUAUUAGUUCUUCAUCCAAUAAUGAAGAAAUAAAAUGUAUUAGUUCUUCAUCCAACAAUGAAGAUGACCUUUAUAAUGAACAAAACCUGGCAUGUGAAAUAAUGUCAAUAAAUUGCACAAAUGAUAUUCAUGAAAUUAGUCCUUAUGUAUAUGAUGAUUAUGCUCAAACUUAUGAACAAUAUACUGGUUUACCUAUGUAUUCUGAAAUGAAAACUAUUGAACAUGAUUUAUUAAGUCCGAUUGACUAUAGUGUGUAUGAAAACUAUAAUCCAAAUUAUAAUUACCAUUCUGAAGAUUAUAACAUGUGGAAAUCUAUAGAUACAGAAACAUCUGAUCAUGGAGUGAUUAAAGCCAUUCCAACAACCGAUGAAACAGUUUUACAAUAUGACAAUGCUUUUGAAAUGUUGCCCGUUAACAAAGUUUCUGUUGAUCAAGUUCAAUUCUCUAAAGAGGAGGUAACAAACGAAAACGUUGAUAUUAUUAUUACAGAUAUUCAGGACAAUCAGGAUGAAAUUGUCAAAAAUGAAAAAUCGGAUAGUGCAAGUCGUGAUGAAUUAUUUGUCAAAUUGUAUCAUCAGCAUUUUCAACAUUACAAUCAAAAUCCAAUUAAAUACUCGCUGAGCGAUCCUGUUAUAAUUAACACAGAAGAAGUCAAACUAAAUAUCCCAGAUAGUUUGAUAUCUCAAGAAAAGUCUGAAACUGAUCAAAAUUCUGAUAAUAUAAUGUCCAUACCUUUACAAACUCGAGCUUAUGUAUGUAUACUCGAAGAUGAUAAUACCAAUCUUUAUCUUACCAGUGACAACUACAUGGCAUAUUGUGCUGUUGAGGAUAGAUGUAUGGUACACAUAUCUGUAAAUCCAUGUAGCCGCGAUGGAAUAGGGAAUGAUGUCAGGCAUUGUUUCAAUAUAAGCUUAAGUGGAUCAAUAAAUGAAUAUUGGCUGCAUGCAGAUUUAAUUCCAUUCAACGUUCCAUCUGAUGCUGAAUCAGGUGUGUUCAGUGAUGACGAGAUUGACUCUUUGGAAUCAGAUUCUGGCCACGAAGAAGACUUAAACAAUGACAAUGAAAAUGAUGAUGAUCUAAUAGAAAGUGAAUGGGAACUAGUUGACAAUUUUCAUGACGAUGUCAAUAGCUGGCUAGAUGAACCAUAUAUACUUAAAAAAUAUAAUAUUGAAAAUGAUGUUAGUCACAUCAAUGAAGAUCAUUGUGUGACUAGUUCCUCAGAAUCUGACACAGAUGGAAGUGAGUUAUCAGAUUCCUAUGUUGAAAUGUUUAAUGAUAAACAAAAUAUUAAUGAAAAUAAUAAGUCACUUGAAACUAAUGAUGAUAAACACAAAUACCAAAAUGUAAUCAACAAAGUGAUGCCUAUAGAUGUUUCUGAAAAUACUGAAAAUUCAGAUUUAAUAGUAGAAACUGAAUCAUCUGAACAAUUACGUAUGGACAUUGAAGUUAAAGAAGAAAUUAAUACAUUGGAGGUGAUUAAUGAGAAUAAUCUAACUUCAAAAAUAAAUACAGAAAACAAUUGUAAUGUCUCCAUAAAGUUAGAAGAUAAAGAAAACCAUGGAAAUGAAUCAGGUGUAUUCACAAAAGAAAAAAUUACUGUUGACGACCUUUCAAUGAUGGAUACUAUUAUUAAUCAAAAGAUAUUAAUUCAGAAAUUAAAAAUUCGCGCAAAAGAAAAGAUUCGUGAGAAACUGCCUGAUACAAUAAUGGUUCGCUAUAGCGACAACAUGGAAACCAUUAAACAUCCAUUUUUAGGACUGUUUCAGCCACCAACUAACAGUAUCCUAUCUAAACCAAAGUCUAUUGAGCCACUAUACACUUCUAACAUGUCUAAACGUGUGACUUUUGCUGAUGGAAUCCGUCCUGGUGACAAUUUGGCAGCAUCUCCAACACACGACGAUUUCGGUCGUCCAUUAUCACCUCCUCCUCUUAAAGCAUUAAUGCGGGAAACAUUAAAAUUCAAACGUAACAUGUAUCCAUUUAAAAAAUCAAAAGUACACACUAAAUUGAAAAUGGAAAAAAAGAAAGUGGCCAAAGUAACACCUUCAAUUAAGGCAACCAAUUCAUCAACUAUUGAAUAUUAUAUCAGCCGUCAUCGUCUUGCUGACUUACCUAUUGAAGAAACGCCCAAUAGUUUCUCAAGAUCUGAUUUUUCAUCAAAUAAUGAUAAUGAUGGAACCGAAAAGAUGAAUACUCCACCUAGACCCACAAGAGAAGUCACUCCAGUGCCAUUUGAUACCGAGUGUUGGAAUGAUGAUGAUGUAAUUAAAAACAACAGAUAAUAAUUAAAGAUUAAAUGAGCUUUAUAUAUGCGUGACUUAAAACAAAUAUAUUAGAAUAUCAUUUUAUGCCUUUAGUUCACUGUUAUAUAAAUAUAUAUACAUUUAUAAUACAUAUAUAUUAUGUCUAUAAAUUAUAUAUACACCAUAUACAUACGUAUUUAAUAAUUUUACGAAUCUAUUAUAUUAUUUUAUCUGGAUCAAAA